GUUGCAUCACUUCCGUAUACUUGCCUACCUUUCAAACAUUGAAGAUGGCUUCCCUCGGACGCUUAUCGCGAGCUGUGUUGCGGGCUCCCUUGGCUCAGGCCCGUCAGCUCUCAGCUGCAGCAGGAGCUCAUGGGGCUCAUGAAGGAGGGUCAAGGGUGUGGAAGAUCCUCACUUUUGUUGUUGCUUUUCCUGGGGUUGCUGUUUGCAUGUUAAAUAUGUACCUCAAAAUGCAGCAACAUCAAGCGCACUAUGUGCAGCCUGAAUUUGUCCCCUACAGUCACCUUCGCAUCCGCACCAAGCGUUUUCCCUGGGGUGAUGGUGUUAAGAGCUUUUUCCACAACGACGAAUUGAAUGCCCUCCCAGACGGGUAUGCAGAACAUGAGGAGUAAAUUAGAUGUCAUACAUAUGAACAACUUUACCCUCAAACUGGGACCACAGUCCCCCUCUCCCCUCCCUUAAUAACCUGGAGCUACCACCAGGCUUGGACCACACUCCGUAAAGUUUACUCAAACCUCUUGUAAAAAGUAAAGAAAAAAAACUUUCUGUUUACCUCUGUGCUUUCUGUUAAACUAGAGGCACCCAAUGGAAAUAGUUACAUUACUUCUGGACCAUCUUGACACAUUCUCAGUUCAAACCUAUGUGAAAUAAAUAACCAUAUUUAAA